AACAUUCUCAACAACUCUAUUCACCCCCCCUCUAGAGUUGCACACCUUUUCUAACAAUUGGUAUCAGAGCAGGUAUCUCUAACGCUCUUUGUGACGUUUGAGAAAACGAUCAAAUUUUUUUGAGAAUGUUGAACGCAGGGAUAGGAGAAGGGCAAUCCACCGUAAGGCCACCAUUUUUUGAUGGAACAAAUUACUCCUAUUGGAAGGAGCGAAUGAGAAUUUUUGUUCAAUCAAACAACUUCAAAAUUUGGCUUGCUAUCAAGAAUGGAUAUAGCUUGCCGAUGAAGAAGAUAGGCGAUACACUCAUCCCGAAGGACGAGGAUGAAUAUGAUGAAGCCGACUUUAAGAAGGCUCAAUUAAAUGAUAUCGCCAUCAACUUCUUGUAUUGUGCUGUCAAUGCCAACGAUUAUCAAAAGGUAUCUCAUUGCCAAACCGCCAACCAAAUGUGGAACAAGCUCAUGAUCACAUACGAAGGUACGCCUCAAGUUCGUGAAUCAAAAAUUGAUUUACUAACCCAUGAAUAUGAGUUAUUUGCUAUGAAAGAGAACGAACUUGUGGAGGACAUGUUUGGAAGAUUUUCAAACAUCGUCAACGACCUUGAUAUGCUUGGAAAGACGCUCACCGACAAGGAGUUAGUGAGGAAAAUCCUGCGAAGUCUUACCAAGGAAUGGGAGUCAAAGGUUAACUCCAUCUACGAAGGCCGAGAUUACAACGUUAUCACAUACGACGGUCUCCGAGGUAACCUUAUCACUUACGAAACAAAUCAUCUUUCUCAUACUCUUGACGUUAAGAAGAGAACGGGAAUUGCUUUUAAAGCAUCUUCUUCUCAAAAAGUAGAGAUCGAUGAUUCGGAUUCGGACAGUGAUAGUGAUUCUAGCACUUCUUGUGAUAUUUUUGUUGAAUGUUUUAACGAGUUUAUGAAACAUGAGCUUAAUAAGAGCAAGAGGAAAAACACCCUAAGGUGUCACACGUGCAGAAAGCUUGGCCACCGUAAAUUUGAGUGCCCGAAGCUCAAGAAAAUGAGCAAACAAGAUGAAUUUGCGUAUUUUUCGUGGAGUUAUGAUCAACCUUCCAAAGACGAUUCCCUCAUCGGUGUUGAAGAACAAGAUGGGUGGUCGGGCACGUGACGCACUUGAAAGGCGUGCUUGAAGACUACAAAUUUUGUAGUGGAUGCUCCAAGCACUUAGCCAAAGAGAUUGCAUCAAAGGGGAGUGAUUACAUUUUUUUAUAUUAAAUGUUAUUUUUGAGAUUUAUUUGUGAUAAUUGUUAUUUGGGGAAUAUACAUAGGAUGGUUUG